UACCGUCGGUUGCGUUGCCACUGCUAGAGCGCCGUGGGUGGGAGUCUCUGCGGCCCUCGAGAGAGCCGGAGUGAGUGAAGACUACCCGAAAGAACGGUGCUCCACUCAGUCUGUCCGCGGUCGUCCGUCAAGCAUCCAUCCGGCGCUCACUCCCUCCCGCUCGUCCUUGCCAGUCGCGUCUCGAGGGCCUCGUGGAACGCACAUGUCGUCGGCUGCUCGUGCAGCUGCUACCGGCUAAACUCGGCCGUCCCCGUAAUAACGUUAAUAUAGAUUCACCGAUCGUCGGUCCCGAUAUCGCGGUGUCGCGCGUGUGCACCCCAUCCACCUCGAGGACUUCUCUGCGAUCGGUUCUCAUAUAUGAAAGUGACUCGACACGGUGACGGAGUGUUCGCAGUGCGUUGCUCAUCGGUGACACGUCGAUCCGGUGGAUGAGAUGCGGUUGACGAGGUUUCUCUGGUGCCUCAUCGGCCUGCUCGCGGUGGAGCUGCCGAUUUGGCACUUCGCCGACGGCUUCAACGUCGAGACGAAACACUACGCGGUGUAUCGCAAGGAGGAGAGAUCCAUGUUCGGUUUCGCCGUGUCGGCUUAUCGUGACAGAUACGGCCGCGGAUGGGCGGUGGUGGGUGCACCAGCGGCCGAGACUGCGCAAACCGACGUCUACCGCGGAGGCGCAGUUUACAAAUGCGACAUCGCCGCUGACGACAGAUGUAACGUAAUUCACUUCGACGAUAAAGGACAAAACUAUGUGAAAAAUCCACAUGUGAUUAGCGGUUUGAGUCCUAUCGAUAACAAGACGUUGCAGUGGUUUGGCGCCACUGUUUCAGCCUCGAGAAGAGAUGGAGGUCCGAUUAUGGCAUGCGCACCCAGGUAUACCUGGUUCUCCAUGCAACAGCCGAAGUACGACCCCGAUAAGAUGCCCAAGGAAUCCGUGGCGGGCAGCAGAAUAGAACCAGUGGGUACUUGCUGGGUUGCCCUCAACAAUUUCAACGAGUCGCGCGAGUUCUCCCCUUGUCGCUCAAGGUUUUGGGGCUAUCACAGGCAAGGUUACUGUCAAGCUGGCUUAGCAGGCGCGAUAUCUAAGAAUGACGAAAGAGUCUUCAUAGGCGCACCGGGGAGCUGGUACUGGCAAGGUCAGAUAUACUCGAUCGCCACCGACAUGAGGUUGAAGUUCGUGGCGUCGAUGUUGUUCAUCUCCGAGGCCGAAGUAUCAGGACAAGCGGUUUCGCAGCCCCUGACCAAUGACUCGAAGAUCAUGUCCACCAAAGAGGGCCCCGCGGAGGAGGACGACAGCUACUUGGGUUACUCCGUCGCGUCGGGAGAUUUCGUCGGGAACGGCGACAGCAGCAUGGCGGUCGGGGUCCCGCGCGGCUCCCAUCUCCUCGGCAAGGUCAUACUUCUCACGUCGAACAUGACGAAUCCGCAAAACAUCAGCGGCGAACAAAUGGGCGCAUACUUCGGCUAUGCCUUGGCUUCCGGCGACAUAGACGGAGACGGGUUGGACGACCUGAUAGUCGGUGCGCCCAUGUAUACGGUCCCGGACAACCCGGAAAUGACCAUCGAGACCGGAAGGGUUUACGUGAUGUAUCAGGGCAGUGACGCGAGGAAGUUCCGUAAAUUCGACACGAGAGACGGCAAAAGCAACCGCGGACGUUUCGGCUUGUCGUUGGCCUCUCUCGGGGAUAUCGACCGUGACGGUUACGGUGACUUCGUCGUCGGCGCGCCCUACGGUGGCCCGAAUGGUCGUGGCACCGUCUGGAUUUUCUACGGCUCGCGGGCCGGCGUGUUGGAGCAUACCCAGGUGAUCCACGCGGAGGACCUGGACAACCCGGUGCAGACCUUCGGAUUUUCGGUGGCCGGCGGCCUCGAUCUAGACGGCAAUGUCUACCCGGACCUGGUGGUCGGCGCGUACGAGUCAGCGUCGGCGAUGUUCUUCAGGGCACGACCGGUCAUCAAGAUGGACUCGUACGUGACCUUCAGCUCGGAGUCCAAGCUGAUCUCCUUGGACAUCAAGAACUGCACGCUUUCGGACGACACCAGAGUCACGUGUCUUCCGCUCAGGGCUUGCUUCAGGUACACGGGAGAGGGGGUCCUCUCGAGGCACAAUUUCAACGUGCAAUACGUGCUGGACGUGAAGAAAACGAAGAAUCCGAGGAUGUUUUUCCUGGAGUUGGAGGGCAAGAACAGCAUGAACCAUACGAUCUCGGUGGAUCGUGAUCGGCAGUUUUGUCGCACAGUUCAAGUCUACGUGACUCCUAAUAUCCGCGACAAGCUGACGUCGUUGGACGCCGAGAUGCGCAUGAGUCUGGAGGAAGAACGGAUCCCGGACAGCCGCCGUCGCGAUCCCAGAUUGCCGCUGAGACCGGUCCUCGGUGCGACGACCUCCAGAAAGGACACGCUCUCCAUCAGGAAGAACUGCGGCCCCGACAACAUCUGCAUACCCGACCUGAGGCUGAGCGUGAAGCCGAACGUCGGCAAAUACUUACUAGGAUCCGGUAAACGGCUGGAACUCGAAGUCUUGGUUCAGAACAUGGGCGAGGACGCGUUCGAGUCGACGUACAACUUGCAGCUGCCGACCGGUAUCGAUUACAUCAAGAUCGAGCGUAUCGAGACCCUGGAGAUACCCGUUCACUGUUCCGCGCCGAAACAAUCGAACAACAAUACCCUGCGUUGCGACAUCGGCAACCCGCUGCCGCAAAACAAGCUGGUGAAGUUCAAGGUGCUGCUCCAGCCUGUCACGUCCCACGGGAUGAAGCCCGUCUACGAAUUCCACAUGCACGUCAACAGCACGAACCCUGAAAACUCGCACACCCUCGCGGACAACAAACACAUUUUGUCAAUGCCGAUCUGGAUAGAGACUGAUUUGCGUGUGGAAGGCGAGAGCAAGCCCAAGGACCUUUACUACAACCCUGACAAUUACACCGCCGCGAAUAUCACGACGGAACUCGAAUUCGGGCCGGCGGUCACGUAUAAUUACACGAUACUCAACCAAGGCCCGUCGGACAUCAUUGAGGCCGAGGCAUUCCUCGUGUGGCCCGCGCAGACUCUGUCUAACAAGGAGCUGCUGUACUUGUUGGAACAGCCGGAGACUACGGGACCGAUCGCCUGCGAGUCCGCCAACGCGAAUUAUCUCAGCUUGAAGUUGGACCAGCGUAGAAGGGCUCACUUGAACUACCUCGACUAUUCCGGUGUGAUACUGGACGAGUCGCGAUCAGGUAAGACGAUCAACGUGCAGAGAGGUUUUGCGGUGGACCGCAGCAAAGUGAGCCAGAAGGAAGAGGCCGAGAUCAACAGCGGCGACAGCUCGAAUAUCCAAAAGUCGCGGCACUCGUCCUCAUCGUCCUCCUCGUCGUCGUCCUCCUCGAGCACGGCCACGGAGACCAGGAGAAUUCAACUGAAUUCACAGGGACAGAGGCCGGAAGUGCUCACCACGACGUACCUGGGCACCUCUUCCGAGGCCAGCCCAGCGAUCGGCAUCACCGGUGGCUUAUCCACAACUUCGCACGGAGGCUUCCGCGCGACCGAAGCGCCCUUCGACUCGAGAUUACGAGGCAGCAUCGGCCACGAGGCAACCUAUGAGACUCGCGUGAACCACACGGCCGGGGUGGCGGGUCGCUGGGACGAAGGCAGCCGAGUGGAAGACGAACAUGCGAUCUCGUCCUCGGGGAGUUCCUUUUCCAUCAUGACCGAGAGCGAGAGGCGGUACCAGGAACUGCUGCGGCAGCAGGAGAAGGCUCGCGUGGAGGAAGAAGCGCGCCAGAGGAAGCUGCAGGAAGAGAAAGAACGUGCUCUGCUUAUGCAACGUCAACGAGAGGAGGCGGAGCGGCGUCAGCAGCAGGAGGAGGAUCGACGUCGGCAAGAGGAAGAGCGGCGCCAGUCGGAGGUGGAGCGGCAGCGACAAGAGGAGGAGCGCUAUCGGAAGCAAGAGCAACAACGGCGGCAAAAAGAAGAGGAGCAACGACGACGGCAGGAGGAGGAUGAGGAGGAGCGACGUCUGCAGGGUGAGAGGGAACAUAGAUACGACGAGGAGAGGCGCUACGGCGCGUCCUCCGGUGGUUUUCACCGCACCACAGAGGGUGACUUCAUCAGCGGCGACCGCGAGGAAACGGUCGCCGGAGGGCGAGAUUUCGGUUCCCAUUUGCAGAAUGUCAGCUCCACUCAGGAGCUGGAACGGCUGUUCGGCACGUUGUCGAAGGCGGACUCGUCCAGCUACCAGGUGUACAACAGGCAGGGCCAACAGUACGUGCAGUUCAAGGCGAGGUUCCGCACGUCCGCCGACAGGAAGGAAUACAUAGAAUUCCAAGACGGCUCCAUGUUCCCGCUGCAAGACCGUUACGGGGCGCAGAGCUACGUCUCGGAAUCCGUAGAACCACGCGACAGUCGAUUCCUCAGGAUAGAAGGUCGGUUGCUCAUCGAGUCGGGUGACAAAGGUUACAUCGUGCUGAAGGACGGCCGGAGAUUCCCCCUUCAGGGCUCUUACACGUACACGGAGGAGAGGACGUACACUUUGCACGGUCCGCACGGGGGUGGUUAUCACAGUGGUGACAACACGGACAAUCAAGGUCAAAGGAGUUAUGAGCAAUCUUGGGGUGAGGAGUCGUCCAGUCGCGGUUUAACGUCAGACGGCGGCUACGAGAGCAGCUACAACACGCGCACACACGAAGAGAAGCGAACGGAGGAGAGGACCAGCCAGACCAAAGUCUACGGGAGGAACAACGAGCGGUUCAACGACGAAUUCCUGACGGACAGACCGGAACCCGGCCGUCCGAGCUCGAGGUACAGGCGCGAGAGCGACAUGGUCGACGUGCGAGAGUUCAAGGAAUUCGAACGGCUCCGCAGACACCGACGGGAGGUCGACGAUUACCUGGACGAUGAAGCCUUCGAGAACGACUACAUGAACAACAGAGAGAUCGAGAACGACUACUACCAGGACGAGCGGAAGCCGCAGGAGCCGGAGUCGCUCUGCGGCAUGGCGAACUGUGUGAAGCUACGAUGCGUGCUGGGCCCCUUGAAGAAGGACCAACAGGUCUCAAUCAGCGCGAGGUUCCGUGUGGACGCCCGGACCCUGAAAGAGAUAGCCUUCCGGGAGAAAGUGAGAGUGUCGACGAAGCUGGUGGCGCACGUCACGAAGCAACCGUUCAUCGGUACACCCGCCGUGAAGGUGAUCCGGAGCGACGAGGUUGUUACGAACGUUGAACCCAGCGCGCCACCUUCCGUUCCAGAGGUCGUCCCGCUGUGGGUUGUGGUCCUGUCGGCCUGCGCCGGAGCGAUAAUCCUCUUGCUGCUGAUAUUCUUACUCUACAAGUGCGGCUUCUUCAAGAGGAACAGACCCUCCGACGCUCCAGAGAGGCAACCGCUGAACAGAAACGGCCAUUUCCAGCAAGGCGAGGAGCAUUAAGAUAGAAGUGAAGACAGGAGGAAAGAGAGACAGCGAGAGAGAGAGAGAGAGAGAGAGAGAGAGCUCCGUUUUCUGUUCGGUCGAAGCUUUCGACACUUCGGCCACACCCGGUCGAAUUGUAGACGAAUUGAAAACCUCGGCUACGCGAGCACAAGUGCCUUGGUCUUCGGACAAUCGAGGGGACGAGCACGUUGCGUGAAUGCAAUUCGCGGAUGCGGUCGCGACGUUCCCUCGCGAGCACACUUAGCGUUCACGGUGCCUUAAAUCCGAACGGCAACCGAGUGCUUCGCUAAGGUGCUGCAUUGAAACGGUUCUGAGCGACGGUCGCUACUCGUCACUCGUAUACUGCCACUGAAUACUCCUUCCAGCUCCUGCAGCUCGACCACGCAAGUUUCUAGUCAGGAGACGUUCUUCUUCUUCUUCUUCUUCUAUUUUUUUUUUUUUUCGUUUGUUUCUUACCGUUGUGUAAUUUACUUAAGCCACGCGUAUAGUUGGCAGAUACGAACGAAUAUCUCGGCAUUCUGAUAAAUCGUAUCUUCGUUGUAUAUAAGUACAUAAGUGUAUAACGUACACGUUAUUUUUUUGUACCGUUAUCCGCGGCUGGAGCGCCUUGGUGCGCGCGCGCGUCUCUCGUCGCUUCCGCUGGCGUCCGCUGCCUUUUUACGGUAAAUUAGCGUUAUUCUUCUGUCCGCGCACGAUCGGCACGAUCUCGAAAAGGAUCUCGUAUCUCGCCGAUGACACCAGCGGAACUCGCUUCGGAAUGUCAGAAACGUCAAUCGGUGAGUCUUCUGUUGCGACCCCCCUUUCACACGAGACACUCUACGGUCGGACGUUGUGUAAUCUGAAUUAAGGUGAUACACAAUGUCCAAAUAAAAAUGUAAGAAUGUGCUGAGCCUGCAAGCGAUUUUCAGAUGUCUUUUGCAUCUUCACAUAUUAUUCGGACAUUAUUGGCACAACGUCUUGUUAGCGGCAUAUCAAACGUUCAUCCUGCUAAUUGUUCCGUUUGAAAGGGGACUGAAUCUCUCUCGGAAGCAGCCUCGAAAGCACGGGAUUUCUUGAUUAUUUAUUAAAUUUCUAUGAUAUAUAUAUAUAUAUAUAUAUCUGUAUAUAAUAUAUAUCUUAUA